AUGGGCGGUGGUGAUUUAUCCUCGUGUCCACAUAUUGUCAAGCAUCGGCGAACGCUGACGAAGACACUUUGCAAUGUUAUUUAUAAUGUAAUAUUUCCGAACAAUGAGAGUGCACGCACAAUUCACGCCAAAUAUGUAAGAUGUGAGCAGUGUAAAACACGGCUGAAUGCGUUGAUGUGUGCCUGCUGCCAAUGUUCUACGUUCGCAUGCUUGACGCAUAUGCGGGCUCAUUUCAGUGAAGCCGAGCACUCAUUUGCUGUUUCUGUGGAAACCGGUUUCAUAUACUGCAAGCGAUGUGGCGAUUUUGUAUACGACCGACGAAUGGAACGGGCACGACGUGAUGCCGAGAAUUCGUGCCGAAGAUCGUUAAAUUUGAGCACCCGCAGUAUAUGGUAUCCGGACACUGCUGUUGUUGAUGUAUGCCACGGGAAUCCGGCUCGAAUGAUUCGAUUUUCCAGGAGUAGCCGUCGAGGACUUCGUGGAUUGGUAAAUUUAGGGAAUACAUGCUUCAUGAAUUGUAUUAUCCAGGCGAUCGUCCAUACGCCGCAUCUGAAGGAUUAUUUCCUGACCAACCAGCAUCACUGCAAUUCAUCACCACACAGCAGUGUUGAUUGCAUCAUGUGCGAGCUUUCCAAUAUUUUUCAGGAAUUUUACAAAGGCGAUAUCACUCCAUAUAAACCAUCUCGAUUCUUAAAACUUGUUUGGAGGCAUGAGCGACAUCUGGCUGGUUACGAGCAACAGGAUGCGCAUGAAUUCUUCAUGGCCGCUCUGAAUGUUCUCCAUCGACAUUCCGGAAGUAUGUUGUUAUUUUAUGAAUUAAAUUUUAGGUUUGUUUCAACAACUUUCGAUCCAUUCUGGGAUAUAUCACUUGAUGUAGCACAGGAAGCAUUGCUAUCGCCAUACAGUAUGAGUACGAGUACAUCUCAACAAGUCACAUUGGAAGAUUGCUUGCGCAGAUACAUCAAACCGGAACAUUUGGGCGAAACAAAAUGUGCACGCUGUGAAACAUCCGAAGAAUCGACGAAACAGUUUACACUGAACACGCUACCAAUGGUUGCUUGCUUCCACCUGAAACGAUUUGAGCAUAGUCUAAGUUAUCGCAAAAAAAUGGAUAUCAAAGUGAAAUAUCCACAAAUCAUAGAUAUGACACCAUUCACGACUGCUUUCCGGGAACGCCUAGCUGCUGAUGGUACUGAUAGAAAAACGAGUAUUGCCGGCGAUUUGUUAACCAGAAACCGAAACAAAUAUGAACUGUUUGCAGUGGUGAAUCAUACGGGUACAAUGGAAAGUGGUCAUUACACGUGCUACAUUCGACAUCAACACAAUCAGUGGUUUCAGUGCGAUGAUCAGACGAUUUCGAAAGCACCAGUUGAAAAUGUCCUCUCCUCGCAGGGCUAUCUUCUUUUCUACCAUAAAUGUCACUCGGAUUACUACUGA